AUGAUCUCCUCAACAUGUUGGGUCCCUCAGGGGUUUGCUAGUAACUUUCCUGAACGUUAUGAAUUAAACGAUGAAGAAAUGGAUAGAAUCAAUAAGAUGGCUGAGCAACUAAAUUUAAAUGAUGAUUUCACCAAGAAACAUGAAAUUGAAUCUGAUGGAAAAAAGGAAGAAAAAAUUUUAUACAACAACGAUGAAGAUUUAAAAAAAUACGAUCUAGAUCAUUAUGAUGACGAUGAAAAAGUAGCUACUACAGAAGUAAAUCCUAAUUUUGAUGCCUCUAUACUUCCUGGACUAACUACAGUUGAGGAAAAUGGUGAACAUUACUUAGAAUUGCCAGAUUCUCAUGAAGAAACUAAUGAAGAAGUGAACGAAGAAGCCUUGACUUUGGAACAAGAUGAAGAAAAGGAGGAAUUACAGAUUUACCCUACAGACAAUUUGGUCUUAGCCACAAGAACAGAAACAGAAGGUGAUCUAUCAUUUUUGGAUGUUUAUGUUUACGAUGAUGGUGAUGAAAAUGAUGGGUUCGUUCGUGAAAGUUCCUUAUACGUUCACCAUGAUUUAAUGUUGCCAGCCUUUCCAUUGUGUGUAGAAUGGAUUAAUUUUACUCCGAAUCGUGGCAAUCUUACCAAUACUGAUAAUAGGGGUAAUUUUGCCGCUGUAGGUACCUUUGAUCCUAAUAUUGAAAUAUGGAAUUUGGACUGUGUUGAUAAGGCCUUCCCAGAUGCAAUCUUGCAGGGGCAUAAGGAUGCAGUUUUAUCUUUAGCCCAUAAUCACGAACAUCGUAAUGUUUUGGCCUCUGCUUCUGCUGAUUCUACACUUAAAUUAUGGGAUUUAAAUAGCACAAAGGCUCCAGUUUCGAGUUUAAAUAAAAUACAUGGUAAAAAAAAAGUUUCCUCUUGCGAAUGGUAUGACUUUGCAUUGUUGUCUUCUGGUUAUGAUUCGAGACUGGCAAUUACCGAUGUUCGUUCUACCGAGUCCAAAUAUUUUAAUAUUGGUAAUGGGGAAGAAAUUGAGGUUGCGAAAUUUUCCAAUGAUUACUCAAAUAUAUUAUGUGGUACAGAUAGCGGAAAUGUUUACUGCUUUGACAUAAAAAAUGCAAAUAAACCAUUAUGGACACUAAAUGCACACGAAGGUAGUAUAACAUCCUUGAAUGUCAACACUCAGAUUGAAAACUUGUUUGUUACCACUGCCAUGGGAGAUAAAGUAGUUAAAGUCUGGAAUAACGAUAAUGGUGUGCCAAAGAUGGUUUUAAAUCGUAAUUUUGGUGUGGGUAACGUUUUAACAUCUUCUUUUGCGCCGGAUUUUGAGGUUUCUGGUAAUCUAGUUGUCGGAGGUGUUUCUGGUAAUUUACAACUAUGGGAUGCCUUUAGUAAUAAAUCUGUUAAAAAAGCGUUUAGAAAUGAGUUAAAUAAAUUAGAAAAAGAGGCUAUUUCUAAUAAUUAUAAGAAAUUUGCUAGGAAAUAUAAAGGCGAUAAGACUCAAGAGGUUUUACUAACUGCGGAGGGUCUAAAUGGGAAUGACGACGAUGAGGAAGAAGAGGAAGAGCAAUGGGAAGAUAUGUAA